CCGCCAAAACGGCCUGAUGGUUCCUGGGCCUGUGGAUUUUGCUGGCACUGGACUCCAUCUGCUCCAUCUGCUUCACACUCAGACAUUCCACUGAAUCACAGCUCCUGUAGCCCUUUGGACUUACUGGAAAUGACUCCAUGGCACAAAAGUGAAAAGAAGGUUGGAGUCGCAAUAUACAAUUUCAGUGCUUCAAGAGUGCCACAGUUAUCUCUGCACAUUGGUGAUGUUGUCCAUAUUUUGGAAGACUGUGAAGAUUGGUACAAGGGAUAUCUCGUACGACAUAAAGGAACAGAGGGAAUAUUUCCAAAAUCUUUUAUCCAUAUCAAAGAAACUGGUAUUGAGAAGAAAAGAAAUGCGGAACAUGUAAUACCUGCUGAGAUUCCUCUGGUGCAAGAGGUUACCUGCACACUUUGGGAAUGGGGCAAUAUCUGGAAACAACUUUUUGUGGCAAACAAAAAGGAACGCUUCCGGCAGGUACAAUCUCUGAUGUGCGAGUUAAUGGAGUGGAGGUCUCAGCUUCUCUCAGGGACAUUGCCCAAAGAUGAGCUCAAAGAACUGAAGCAAAAAGUCACUUCCAAAAUUGACUACGGCAACAAGAUUCUUGAGCUUGAUCUGAUAGUUCGGGAUGACGAUGGGAACAUCCUGGAUCCAGACAAGACCAGUGUUAUCAGUCUCUUUCAUGCUCAUGCUGAAGCAACUAACAAAAUUACAGAACGAAUUAAAGAGGAGCUGUCAAAGGAUGAAUCUGAUUAUGGAACCUUCUCCCGAAACCCUUCAUCCCCCACCCACAGUCUUUAUGUUUUUGUAAGAAAUUUUGUCUGCCGAAUAGGAGAAGAUGCUGAACUUUUCAUGUCUCUCUACGAUCCUCAGAAGCACACAAUUAUAAGUGAAAAUUACUUGGUGAGAUGGGGGAGCAAAGGUUUUGUUAAAGAGAUCGACAAUUUCAACAAUUUGAAAGUGGUUUUCACUGAUCUCGGAAAUAAAGAUCUUGGCAGAGACAAAAUUUAUUUGAUUUGUCAGAUUGUACGGGUUGGAAGAAUGGAUCUCAGAGACACUUAUUCUAAAAAAUACACUCAGGGAAUAAGACGGCCUUUUGGAGCAGCAGUGAUGGAUAUUACAGACAUUGUAAAAGGAAAAGCUGAAAGUGAUGAAGAGAAGCAACAUUUCAUUCCUUUUCAUCCCAUGUCAGAGAAUGAAUUUUUGCAUAAUCUAUUAAGCAAGGUCACAACAUUCAAAGGUGAUAGUGGCGGACAAGGACUGUGGGUAACUAUGAAAAUGCUUGUUGGAGACAUAACACAGAUUCGGAAGGACUACCCACAUCUUGUUGACAGAACAACGGUUGUUGCCAGGAAGCUUGGGUUUCCUGAAAUAAUCAUGCCAGGUGAUGUAAGGAAUGACAUUUAUAUUACCUUGAUUUGUGGAGACUUGGAUAAAUAUAAUAAAACCACUCAGAGAAAUGUAGAAGUCAGCAUGUGCGUCUGUGAUGAAGAAGGAAAAGUGAUACCAAAUGCCAUAUGCUUAGGAGCUGGGGACAAACCUGUGAGUGAAUACAAAUCUGUUGUCUACUACCAAGUCAAGCAACCCCGCUGGAUGGAGACAUUAAAGGUAGCGUUGCCCAUUGAAGACAUGCAAAGAAUUCAUUUGCGCUUCAUGUUUAGACAUCGGUCAUCUCAAGAGUCUAAAGACAAAGGAGAAAAGAAUUUUGCAAUGGCCUUUGUAAAGUUAAUGAAAGAGGAUGGAACAACUCUACUUGAUGGCUUUCAUGAUCUGACAGUUCUAAAGGGGGAUAGUAAGAAAAUGGAAGAUGCCAGUGCUUAUCUGAGUCUCCCUCCUGCCCGGCCUACCUCAGAUUUUCGAGGCUCAACCUUAAACCGGACCUCAAGCAGUGUAGGAGGGCUCUCAGUAAGCUCAAAAGAUUCCUUUGUCAUUUCAACUCUUGUUUGUUCAACCAAACUGACUCAAAAUGUGGGUUUACUGGGCCUUUUGAAGUGGCGGAUGAAGCCAGAGCUGCUGAAGGAAAACUUAGAAAAACUGAAGAUGGUGGAUGGUGAAGAAAUUGUGAAGUUCCUCCAAGACACUUUAGAUGCCCUGUUUAAUAUAAUGAUGGAACAUUCACACAGCGAUGCAUAUGACAUCCUUGUCUUUGAUGCACUGAUUUAUAUAAUAGGACUCAUUGCUGAUAGAAAAUUUCAGCAUUUCAACACUGUACUGGAGGCUUACAUACAGCAACACUUCAGUGCAACUUUAGCCUACAAGAAACUAAUGAAAGUAUUGAAGACUUACUUAGAUAUCUCCAGCAGAGGAGAACAGUGUGAACCUAUCCUAAGAACCCUGAAAGCCCUGGAAUAUGUAUUCAAGUUCAUAGUUCGGUCAAGGACUUUGUUUUCACAGCUGUAUGAAGGCAAAGAACUGACGGAAUUUGAAGAGGCCAUGAGGAGACUUUUUGAAUCAAUCAACAACCUGAUGAAAAGCCAACAUAAAACAAGCAUUUUAUUACAGGUGUCUGCCUUGAAGUAUAUUCCAUCUGUUCUUCAAGAUGUAGAAACAGUGUUUGAUGUCAGAUUACUUAGCCAGCUCCUGUAUGAAUUUUACACUUGCAUUCCACCAGUAAAGCUACAGAAGCAAAAAGUGCAGUCCAUGAAGGAAAUAGUACAGAGCAACCUCUUUAAAAAACAAGAAUGUAGAGACAUUCUUCUCCCUGUCAUUACCAAAGAACUGAAGGAAUUACUGAAUCCACGGGAAGAGACACCCAUGCAGGUUCAAGAGAAGGAACACUGCGUUGACUUACUCAACAGCAUCCUGGAAGUUCUCAGCUGUCAAGAUCCAGCAUCAACGUAUCAGCACAUACAAGAAAUAAUGAUCCAAUUGCUUCGCACCAUUAACAGGACUGUCAUUAGAAUGGGAAGAGAUGAUGCCUUAAUUAGUCAUUUUGUGGCCUGCAUGACAGCAAUAUUGAACCAAAUGGAUGAUCAGCAUUAUUCAUCAUACAUUGAAACGUUUCAGACCAGCUCAGAGCUAGUGGACUUUUUAAUGGAAACCUUCAUAAUGUUUAAAGAUCUUAUUGGGAAAAAUGUCUACCCCUUGGACUGGAUGGCCAUGAGUAUGGUGCAGAACAGAGUCUUUCUGAGAGCCAUCAACAAGUUUUCUGAGACUAUGAACCAAAAGUUCCUAGAAAACAUGAACUUUGAAGAACAGCUGUGGAACAACUAUUUUCAUCUUGCAGUGGCUUUUAUCACCCAGGAUUCCUUGCAGCUAGAACAAUUCUCCCAUGCAAAGUGCCUUAAAAUCUUGAACAAGUAUGGAGACAUGAGGCGCUUAAUUGGCUUUGCUAUCCGUGACAUGUGGUACAAACUUGGGCAGAAUAAAAUCCGCUUUAUUCCAGGGAUGGUUGGACCAAUCUUAGAAAUGACUCUUAUUCCUGAAGCUGAACUACGGAAAGCUACCAUCCCAAUCUUCUUUGACAUGAUGCUGUGUGAAUAUAGAAACAGUGGAGAAUUCAAGAAGUUUGAAAAUGAAAUUAUUUUAAAAUUGGACCAUGAAGUGGAAGGAGGACGUGGAGAUGAACAGUACCUGCAUUUGUUUGAAUCAAUACUCAUUGAGUGUUCCUCAAAUUAUGCUAUGAUUGCCAGAGCAGUUGAAACAUUUGUGAACCUAGUAAAAGGUCUUUUAGAAAAACUACUGGAUUACCGGGCUGUGAUGAACGAUGAAAGCAAGGACAAUCGCAUGAGCUGCACUGUAAAUUUAUUGAAUUUCUACAAGGAGAUUAAUCGUGAAGAGAUGUACAUAAGGUACUUGUAUAAACUUCGGGAUCUCCAUCUAGACUGUGAGAACUACACGGAGGCAGCGUAUACCCUUCUGCUGCAUGCCUCACUUCUGAAAUGGUCUGAUGAACAGUGCACUCCUCAAGUCAUGCAAACAGAAUUUCAGAGUUCACAGACACAUCGGCACCUUAAAGAACAUCUAUAUGAGAUGAUAAUAGAGUACUUUGACAAGGGAAAGAUGUGGGAAGAAGCAAUAUCUUUAUGCAAAGAACUGGCAGAGCAAUACGAAAUGGAAAUUUUUGAUUACGAACUCCUAAGCAGGAACCUAAUUCAGCAAGCUAAAUUGUAUGAAAACAUAAUGAAAAUUCUAAGGCCUAAACCAGACUACUUUGCUGUUGGAUAUUAUGGCCAAGGCUUCCCCACAUUCCUAAGGAACAAAAUUUUCAUCUAUCGUGGUAAAGAAUAUGAGCGGAGAGAAGAUUUUCAAGCACAGCUGAUGAGCCAUUUUCCAAAUGCUGAAAAAAUGAAUACUACUGCAGCCCCUGGAGAGAAUAUUAAAAACUCUGCUGGUCAAUACAUCCAGUGCUUCACAGUUCAACCAGUUUUGGAAGAACAUGCUCAGUUCAAAAAUAAACCAGUGCCUGAUCAAAUAAUCAACUUUUAUAAGUCUAACUAUGUGCAAAGGUUCCAUUAUUCCAGACCAGUCAGAAAAGGGUCUGUUGACCCUGAAAAUGAAUUUGCUUCAAUGUGGAUUGAGAGAACAUCCUUUGUUACGGCUUACAAACUCCCAGGAAUCCUGCGUUGGUUUGAGGUUGUCUCCAUGUCACAGACUACAAUUAGCCCUCUGGAAAAUGCCAUUGAAACAAUGUCUAUGACCAAUGAGAAGAUUCUGGCAACAAUUAAUCAGUACCAAAAUGAUGAGUCCCUUCCUAUUAACAAUCUGUCGAUGCUUCUGAAUGGAAUUGUGGAUCCAGCGGUUAUGGGAGGGUUUGCGAAAUACGAGACCGCUUUCUUCACAGAUGAAUACAUGAGGGACCACUCUGACGAUCAUGAGAAACUCAACAAGCUCAAAGAUCUGAUUGCUUGGCAGAUCCCAUUUCUUGGGGCUGGAAUUAAGAUUCAUGAAAGGAGGGUUUCAGAUAGCCUUCGUCCUUUCCAUGAACGCAUGGAGGAGUGUUUCAAGAGCUUGAAAGCCAAAGUGGAAAAACAAUAUGGGGUCAGAGAAUUGCCGGAUUUUGAAGACAGGCGACUCGGUCGGCCAACAUCCAUGCUGAGAUCGUAUCGUCAGAUGUCUAUCAUUUCACUGUCCUCCAUGAAUUCGGAAUGUGGAACACCAAACAGGACUACUGCAGAAAGUUUUGAACUGGAAGUCAUGUCACCAAAGGCAACCAAAUCCGAAUCUGAUGAGAACGUACGCCUGAUAAGCUCCCAGCCUGAAGUUAAGUUGAGGAAAUGCAGGAAACGAGGAAAGAGAAGCAGUGUCGUGUUUGCAGAUGAAAAACCAUCUUCUGAACUUCCUGAUACGAAAUGUCUGCCAAGAAAAUAUGAAUUUAUGAGUGACACCAACCUUUCUGAACAUCUGGAUGUUCCUCAGAAAACAUCUGUUCUCAAACAAAUGAGCUUUGCCAGCCGUUCUAUGCCAACUAUACCAGGAUUAACUCUGUCAGUGUGCUGCCCAGCACCCGAGGAAACAAAUGCAUCACAGAGGAUCAGCCAGGCAAGCAUCCCUCCCAUCUUGGAAGUCGACAGGAGAACCCUGAAAAAGAAGAAAAUGAACCAGAUCUUCAAGACAAUAUACAAGCCCAAGCAGUCUGAAGACAUGAAACACACCAGUGAGCGGCAGUCUGAUUUAUUGGACCUGUGAAGAAAUUCCAUAAAUUGAGAAAGCUCAUUUCCUAGCAAAUGGGGGGAAAAGAAACAUUCAAAAUCUGGGAAUGUGGACUGGCUUAGGAGAACUUUCCUAAUACGUACAAAUCAUUUGCAGAAUCUUCUGUUUUAAUCCAAGCAUCACAAAAAUGUUCAUUGUUGUAUUCCUAAAUCCAGAACUCAGGGUGCAGUUGGAAAUUGUAACAUUAGGGAGCAGUUGUUAAUGUGUGGAUGCUAAUCUGUGUUGUUAAUCCAUUCAGAAACUCUGCCUUCCAAGAAUCCUAUGUCUGUGGGAGGAUAUUUGCGUGUGUACCUGUCACUGUGCAUAGAACAUAAUGUGUUAUUGAUGACAUGCACCCAACCCAAUUUCUGCGACCUGCAGCAUUUCAUUGCCUCUUCAUAUUAAACACAGGGUGGCAAAACGCCCCUGCUUUUGUACCCUCCUACACAUUUGGGUUCCUGAAAGGCUGACUUUGUCAACUAGGUCUUAGUGAGCUCAUUGAUCCACUAAACUUUCAAUUACUGUACUCAUGCUUUUAAAAAAUUAAAAUAAAGCAGAGGCUUGCUUAAUUCUAUGGAAAUGCUCAAAGACAUAGUUUUCUUAGUAUAUAUUUGAUUUCACUCCCACCCCUAAUAAUGACUUUUUUGGACUUGAAAAGAUUUUUUUUUCAAAGCCUUGUCUGUAUAAAAAAUCCUCUGCACUGCAAUUCUAUAUAAGUUUACUCAGAAGUAAAUUCUAUUGUAUUCAGGGGCGCUUACUUCCAGGGUAGUGUGGAUACAUCUGGACCCCUAUCCCUUUUCUGUGCAGCAGCUCUAUACAAUGUACUUCCUGUAAUUUAGCAGUUAAAUGUAAAAUGUUUUCUCCCAUUUUCUCUGAAUCAUCAUUCCUGGAAUUUCUCCAAAUCCUUCUCUGUGCAGCAUAUUAAUCUUCUCUUACUGACAAUAGAGGUAACUCCCGCUACUCUGCAAGUAUAAUUGAGUUUCUUGUUUCUCUGACAUGCAUAAGAUAUUUGUUCAUUCAGUUUGUUUGCACCAUGCUUUUCCUGCCCCAAAUAGAGCCCAAAGAGGCCAAGAUGAUACAAAAAGCAAAGACAGUAAUUUCAAAAGAAACAUGUGAAGAACUGGUCAAAAAUACAAUGAACAACUACACUUCAGCUCAGUCCUAAAGAAGACAGAAAUUCAGUUAACAAACAAUGUAUACACAGUAUAUGUAAAUAAGAAACAAUUCAUAAGGAAUAUGUGAGUAAGCCACAUGGGGAUACAGCCUGUAUUUUAUCCGAUCCAGCAGCUGGAAUACUUGAAGAAGCCAAGAGAAGGAGGAGGGAUAACAGAUCAAUACAGAAAAGCACAGGAGACAAAGAACCUCCAGCCCCUUUCAUGUCAAAUCUGCCUUCUCAGCACAGGUUACUGCAGAGACAGAAAAACGGGAAGCAGCCCACAUCACUCUGCCAACACCUUGUCUCCAGCUGUAACUUCAUAGCUCUGCCUGCAGCAUCCUUACAAAACGGCCUUGGCGUGCUCUAUCCAUGUUGCAGGAGGCGGUUGGCCCAAGGAGUCUCAGGUGCUCCUCUGGCAGGAUGGUUCUGGCAAGCCUGCAGGUCGCCGCGAGGGCACCAGAAAGCUGGACUGGGUGGCAAAUGACACAGGCUCUCAUUCUGCUCCUUAACUGCCACUUCUGCUGUAAGAGCUGCCAGCUUGUGCUUAUGACUUUUUUAGCCAGGUCUGGAGAGUGCUCACAGGGUUGAUCCUUCCUUCCUUCCUUCCUUCCUUCCUUCCUUCCUUCCUUCCUUCCUUCCUUCCUUCCUUCCAUCCAGUGCCAUACUGCAAGUGUUUUAAACCUUUAUUUUAUAACCUCCCCAUUGUUUUAGAAGUCAAGAAAUGCAUAUUAAUUUUUUAGCUUCCUAUAAAGUUUCUCCACUUCACUGUGUCAAAUAUCCAUUUCCCUGUUCUGUUUCAUAGAAUUCAUAGAUUGGUAGAAGAGUAGGGUAGGAAGGGGCCGAGAAGGCCACUGGGUCCAAUCCCCUGUUGGUGCAGGAUGCCAAGUCACACCAUCCCACUCAGAGGACUGUCCAGUUUUGCCUUGAAUGUGUCUGGUGUGGGAGAGCCCACAGCCUCUCUUGGCAACAGCUUCCAUUGUUGUAUUGUUCUGAGAGUGAGGAACUUUUUCCUGGCAUCUAGCCUGAAUCUGGUGUACUGCAGUUUAAGUUCAUUGUUCCGUGUCCUACACUCAGGGAUGAGUGAGAAGAGGUCUUUUCCUUCUUUGUGACAGGUUCUGAGGUACUUGUAGGGUACUAUCAUAAUUCCUUGUAUCUUCUCUUCUUGAGGCGAAACAUGCUCAGCUCUCUCAGCCUCCCAUUGUAGGGCUUAGUUUCCAGACCCUGGAUAAUCUUGGUUGCCUAGCUGUGAACCCUUUCUAGUUUUUCUGCAUCUUUUAAAAACCUGGGUACCCAGAAACAAACACAGUAUUCCAGGUAAGGUCUGACAAGUGUUAGGUAAAGGAGAAUUAGUACCUGCCUUGUCCUGGAAGUGCUGCUCCUAUUUAUGUGUCCCAAAAUAGUGUUAGCCCUUUUUAUGGCUAAAUCACAUUGCAGGUUAAUGUUUAGUUUGUUGUCCACAACAACUCCAAGGUCUUUUUCAGUGCUGUUUAGCUGAGUAUUCCCCAUCUUGGAUUGAUGCAGCUUUGUGGCCUGCUUAUACUUGUGUUUUGUGGCCUGGCCUCCCUUGCAUUUCCUGUACAUGUCCUUUUUGCUCUCAGUUUGUCUCUUAGCUUUUUUGUGGAGCCAUGAGGGCUUCCUCUGUUGCACUUGUUAUUUUGUUGGAUUUAGUUGUUGUACUUUGAGAAUUUCUUUUUUUAAAGAUUCCACAUCCUCCUUGGUCUCCUUUUCUCUUUAGAGUGAGUUGCCAGGGGAUUUUACUUAUCAUUGACUUGAAUGUAUUAAAUUUGGCUCUCCUGAAGUCUAGGGUAUGUGUUUGGCUACAGGUGGCUCUUGCCAUCUUCAUAAUUGAGAAUUCAAGAACGACAUGGUCAUUGUCCCACAUGGUUAUUGCUCUGUCCUCCAGAUCUUCCCUGCUGGUAAAUAUAAGGUUGAGUGUAGCUGUUGUUCUUGUCCUUUCCUCCACCUUCUGCCGGAGGAAGUUACUGAUAACACAAGUCAGAAAUCCCUUGAAGGGGCCAUGUUUGGCAGAAUACGUCUCCCAGAAAACACCAGGGAAGCUGAAGUCUCCCGUGAUGACUGCAUCAUGCUUCCUUGCAAUGCUGGCAAUUUGUUUUUCAAAGAUAACGCGUUUGUCCUCUCUUUGAUUGGAUGGUUAGCAAUAGACACCAAUGACCGCACUCCUUUUAUUUUUUGUCCCACUUAACACGGCCCAGAUGCAUUUGAUGUGACUACUUAGCUUCUCCUGGCAUUGCAGUUGUGAGUGUUUUUAAUGCAUAAUGUGACUCCACGUUCUUUUUCAUCCUUUCUGUUUUUCCUGAAGAGGAUGUAUUCCUGGAUGCUCUGUCAACAUAACCAAUUGGGGCCUUUAAAUAGAGUUUUCAGUUGUCUUCUUUAAGGUGAACAAUGGAAUUUCCAUUUGUAUUAUGUAGAAGGAACAGUGUCCCCAAAAGCCAAUUUGCUCCUCAUAACUAAUGUUCUGCUGUCAGGGGAACUCUGACGUAGGGACAGUUCAGGAUCAAGCACAAUCCCCCUUCUAUUGCUUGGAUCAUUUAUCCAGCACCAGCAGCUACCUAACCUGGACUCUGAUGCUGCAACCAGAGGUACAGGUAGCUUCUGGAGCCACCAAAGAGGGGCCAUCAUAUAUGAUCGUGUAGUGGGACCUAAGUUUGGAAGAACUGUUUCUAGAAUACACGAGCUACAGUAUGUGCUCCUGGCAGAAGACCACCAAGUCAUUUGUAGAUUAGCAGAAUUGUUUCUGAAAUCUUCUCAGAACAUCUGAUUGAUUUCACAGGACAUAUUGUGGAGCAUAACUACCUUGCACAGUGUAUUCCAUCAUCCAGGCGGUGUCCUUGAAAAUGGUUUUUCUUCCUGAAAGGUUAGAUGAGGAAAGACUACAUCAUUCAACAAAAACCAAUGAUCUUCCUGGUGCUUUGAUAGGCAUUGAAAUAAGCAAGCUAAACUCUGGAAAAGUUGUGAUGGUCAUAAAAUGAUUUUAAUUAGAAGGAUGGUGAACUGUCUUUACUACUUGCACUGGUAUAUUUUCUUCCAUAGUUCCUUUGCUCAUCCUUAUGUGGCUGUUCUCAAGCUUAUAUGAGCCAGAGGAACAAAUCAAAGCAAAAAUAAUUGGACAGACUUAGUUCAGUUCUUCUGAUACAAUGUUGAGAAAUGCCCCCAAAUCCUCAUCUCUGGAAUUGACUGUCUCCAGUUGGUAAAAAUAAUAUUUUGAUAAUGAUGAUUAUUUUUGUUGCAGCUGUAAACAUACUGGGAUUCUGUAAGUCUUGAUAUUGCAUUGAGUGUCCAUUGAGUACCAAUAAAGAAAAGCUGCCAUUCUGCAGUCUCUGUUACCAAACAUCACACUUCCUAUUUGCAUGUGAAUGAUGAUCUCAUGCUUACAGCUCGGUGCAGCAAGAUCAGAUGCUGUAACACGUACAGAGUUUUCACACAAGUGAAUCAUGCUGACACUAUGAAGUGCAGAAUGAAUAAGUUAUUUCCCCUCAUAAUCAAAUUUGGUAAGCGCUAUUCAUGGCUUCAUGCUAAUUGUUUAAUACACAUGCUUUGCAAAAGUCCAUGAAUAACGAUAUCACAUAAUGUAGCUGUUAAAAUAUUCACACAGAUGCCAAGUUGAAGACAAUUAAGUUCAUUCCUUACUGGAAAAGUUGCAUAUUUUUGUUGUACUUGCUUAGCAGCAAUAGCUGCUGCUUCCUCUUCCUCUUCCUCUUCCUCUUCCUCAGUUUUGCAUCCACUGAAACUGGCUUGGGAAUGUAUGGUAUUCUACGUGAAAAUAAACUAAAGACCCCUGAAUUGGCCCUGUGUCCACA